CUGGGGAUUUUUAUGACAGUCUGACCUUGGACCAUGCCAAAUGGCAUGGUGCACUCGCUGGGCUCUAACCACGACCUCACGCUGGCGAGGAUGAGCCGGGGGAGCUUUCUUGCGAGACUGUCUGUCCUCUCGUGAAGAAGCGCGCAGGUUUUAUCUGGCGGGUCAAAUUGCGAGUCUGCAGAGCAGGGGGUUACAGAUUCUGAGACCUGUGCUCGAACACCGGCGGCAAAAGGCGUUCAAUGUGCGCAACGUGGUUGGGAAACUCGUCAAUAAAGCAGUCCUGUUGGGGCGCUCUGGUCAAAUCCCAGUCGUCCUGAGGUCACAAUUGCAUGGCCUCCAGUCACUUUCGGGCGGUGUUCCUAAGGUGUAGUAUCACCGCAUGCCUUAUCGCCUUCCCCAGCGAUGCCGUCGCUGCUGGGGACGAAGUCCUAACGAUAAUGGUUUAUGAGCCUCAACGGCUGGCCCGUCUGGAGCCAAGCAAAACGCAUCAUUGCCCUAAAAGCUUCACUCGAAGAUUCAGCGAUGGCGAAUGGCUUUGCAUCAAUGAAAUCAAUGAAUGAUGAAUGAAGCCCCGAGGAAUUUCACUCAUCCAUUGGGCGACAUUUCUCGUUGAUUCAGGGCUGCUCGGGUAUCAAACGGGGCAGACAUGAUGCCAUCCCUCGCCAUCCCUCGCCGGACCGGUCGUAGGGGAUCAUUUCCAGCUCCAGUUUCUUGUCUCUCUGAUCUGGACACGGAGCCUUGUCACACGAAACCGUGGAAAUCUGGUCAGCCGGACAUGGGGGCAUGAGGAAUGUAUACCGGUCUGCUUAACGGAUCCCCACGACACACGAAGGUGGAGGUGGUGGUAUGUCAGCAGACCGCCCUGUUAUUACAGCCUGGAUACGUACAGCCCCAGCAGCACAUAGCCACCGGACGCUGGCACUGGCCACAGGCACGAAAAUAAAAGAAAUCAGAUCAGAAGAGAAGAGCAGCAGCGGAGUUCGACCCUUCUUUCUUUCUUUCUUUCUUCCUUCCUUCUCGUGAGACUCUGUCGCUCUGUGUCCUCCUCCUACUGUUCGUGUGCCUGCCUGGACAGCAAGUCCUGUCCCGGUGGACUGCUGAGCUGCGGUUUCCAUGUCCUUGCCCAUGAUGCAACAACUGCUGACCGUUCAUGAUGAAGCAAACCGGCCACCUGCACGUACUUCCAAUCAUGUUUCUCUCUCUCUCUCUUGCGUUUUAGCAACUCUCCUACCCUACGGUGUGGGAGAUUUCGCCCCGCCACCCGCUUCCAUUCUCCUGGCGAUGUUUUUUCUAAUUGUUUAGUCACGGCCAGAGGGAGCCGCAUUGUACUCCCGAGUGCAGUACAGUAUUGUACAUGCUUGGGGAGUAGUUUCUCUCAUCAUGUCAGCUAUACUUCUUCCCUCCGUGGUAACAAGUGUUUUAUCAUGGCUCCAAACACGUGCCGCUUGGAUUCUCCAAUGAUCUCGCUACUUAAAUAUAAAACAGAUCUCCUCUUUUUGGCCGGGGGACAUUCUAGAUCAGAUCUCAUGGCUCUUCGGACUCGCAAUGCGAUGCUGAAAGGAGGAAACUAUGGACUUGAAAAGGACAGGAGAUAUUCGUGGGAAACAUCAUAUGAUCAUUAUGCAAUCGCCCGAACCAUUAGACUUUUGUUUGUCGUGAACCAUUUCUUGUUUGUUAUAUACCUCAUGAAGAUCUUGUGAUGAUUUUGCUUCAUCCAGAUAUUUGUGAAGAAAUUCCUGAAGGUGCCGGGACAAGAACGCUCUUUCCGCCAAAUCUCCCAGCACGGGUUUGGGUCUUUUGCUUUGGAUCGUUAUCUAUCAAAGAAUCAAGCGUUUAGCUCGAUAGUAAUAUCAAACAAGUUGCUGCCUAUGACUCAGGAUGUGACUAGUCUUUUGUCUGUCAUUUGAACGAGUAGGGCUUUACGACUACAGUCUGAUUGUACUGUGUACAAAUUGUACGGUGUGACGAGAUUCCGGUUGCCAUGUCGCAUUCUGCAAUUUGGAUGCGUUUCGAGAAGUCGCAUCCCCUUGUCAAGGCCAGGAACCUGAGGUGAAGAGCUGAGAGCACGAUGCAACAUCCUUUGAUAGCAACAAACUCCGGACUUUCAAUAUGUUAGUAUGCCCCCACGAGUAUUCUCUUGUCAAUAAAGCAUUUGAUAAACGUAAGCAGACACCGAAGCUCAGACUAUGUUCUGUCGCGACAUAAUUUGGCAGCACCGAUAGUUUGGAUCGAGCUAUAUUAAUGUUGAUUAUUUACUUGAUACAUUGGCAAUGUAUCAAUUGCUACAAUGUAACAUUGCUACAAUCACCGUAAUGUAUUGGCCUAAGGCGACUGCUGCUGUGGCAAGGAGUUUUGACAGCGCUAGAUGAAAAUGACAUACGACAAGAUAGAAACAUUGCUGCACAUUUCAGCAGCGGCCAAUUUGGAAAGAAUCUCGGAUGCUUAAAGGGAUGAAAUCCAUUCCAAAAAAGUUCUGAUAAGG